AUGUCAAUUGAAAAUCUCAAGACCUACGGUACGUCUGCACCCCAGGCCUCCCACCCCUUCGCCGAAGCCGACGAGGAUACCGGAGAGACCAAACAGGCUCAAAAUUAUAUCCAUAUACGAAUCCAACAGCGCAAUGGACGAAAGACUCUGACCACCGUUCAGGGUCUUCCAAAGAAAUUCGACCAGAAGAAGAUUCUCAAGGUCAUCAAGAAGCAGUUCGCUUGCAAUGGCACCAUCGUAGCAGACAGCGAGAUGGGCGAGGUCAUCCAGCUCCAGGGUGACCAGCGCAAGGUCGUUCAGGAAUUCCUCAUCAACAAGAAGGAGGGUCUCGGACUGGACGCCAAGGGCAUCAAAGUCCACGGUUUCUAA